AGAUGACAAGUCAGACCAAAGUUGGUAUACACACUUAGUUGCGCUGCUACAUAUUUUGGUUGUCUGAUGUAAUAUUCUAACGCAAUAUGAGUACACGAAAGACGCUCAAAAGCAGACACACCCAAGUGGACAGAGUAACAAGUCCAACAUGCCAGACCACCAACACCCAAACAGACCAGGUGGACAGUUCAGACUGUGAAAUAACACAGAUCAUUCCCGACAAACCAAACAGACUGCAACUGAAGUUCACCCAGCAGACUCAGACUGAUUUAAGUGACAGUGAAGAUGACUUGACUGACAGGAGUUUGUCUGAGUGUCUUCAGAGACGGUGUUCAACAUUGUUGUUUUCACAGAAAACUCAGACUUCUAAUGACCGGAUUAGUUCAGAAGAAGAGCCCGCUCAUCAUUCGUACGAAAAUGUAGAUCCUCUUGAGCUCUUAAAGACGUGUUUGCUUAGUGGAACAAGUAAUCAAGUUAACCAGACAUACAAAACAAACAGCAAGAGUCAUGGUUAUGAGGAUACGUUCUUUAGAUACAGCUUAGGAAAUGACUACUUCUACGCGGUGCUGGACGGACAUGACGGUUCUGAGGUGGCCCACUUCUCACGUGAUACUCUUGUUAAAGAGUUCUGUCGGAGCAUUAUGUUAGGAAAACAGAACAUAGCAGAAGUACUGGAGCACUGUAUAAGUAAUGUAGACAAGCAUCUGCACGAACGUAUAAUGCCACUUUUGGAGGAGCGGGCUGAUAUCAAAGUUAAAAUUGCAGGAACAAAUAACUCGUACGAAGCAUACCAAGCUUACCCUGACGAGAUUCAUCGGCUCGGGGAAAUAGAGGACCAAAUAAAGGGCGGAACAACGGUUGCAGUAGCAGUUAUACAUGAGAACACGCUGUAUGUAGCUAACGUUGGAGACUCUCGUGUAAUCCUCUGUACCUACGUUCCUGGAACUGAUUCUAAUGUUGAGUUUAAGAUUGAUCAGCUGACAGAAGACCACACGACAGCUAACGAUAACGAACUAGACCGUCUCUCCCAGCUGGGACUCAACAGACAGCAGAUACAAACCAAGCGUCGUGUGGGUUCCAUGGAGACCACACGGUCUAUCGGAGAUUUUGCUGUUAAAUGGGGCUACAAGGACUUCGAUAUUUUGAGUGGAGCAACAGGUCCGCCAGUCAUCUCCAAACCUCAUGUUACAACUGGUCUUCAAAUUGACAAAUCCUUCUAUUUUCUCUUCCUUAUGAGUGACGGUGUGUACCAUGCGGUUGAAGAAAUGUCAGAUUGUUCUCCCGAAGUGAAGAAUCUCUCGCCGGACCCUAACAUUAGGAUAGCCUAUCUUCUACAUGACGAACUGAAGCAGCACAGAGAUUGCCAGAAAGCUGCUGACAAUGUUCUGGAAUACAUUUGCAAGAGUCACUUCGACUCGUACAGUUUUGGAUGUAAUAACUGCUGUCGAAGGGACGAUAUGACGCUCACAGUACGGCUAUUCAAUAACCCUAAUAAGCUGUAUGGUCACAAACGCAACCACUCUGGAACGAUAUUCCGAUCCUCAUUCUCGUUCUGCUCAACAUCUUCUGGAGACACAACCACUCCUCAACCUCGAACUAACGACCUCGUUGAUAUGAUCAGCUCUGUCCAAUCUACUGGAUCAUCUGGGAAAUUCUCUAUGCCACCACUAACUCUAACCCACACUGGAUCCCCCCUCUCCCUCUCCUCUCCCUUACCUCCACAUUCCCCCGCUCCUGUAUCUCCCUCUCAAGUACACUUCCGCCCGGACGACUCUGCUGACGAGCCGUACAUCAAAUUAGGAGACGACUUCCCGGACGAUGUAGUGAUGAAGUGGAUUAUUGAAGAGUUGGGACUACCUGAAAAUAUAACUGAGUUGCUAGAUAAACAGGCUGCUGUGUGAAGGGUUAUGUCACCUUUUUCUCAAAAUGACCGCGUGCUAUAUUUCACUCCGUGAAAGAUUUACAAGAUUUAUCAGAUUUGAUAUGAUGAAAUGUUUUUUGUUUGAAAAUUUAUGAAAGUUUGUACAUAUUUCGCAAAUUGAAGUUUUAUCAUCGAAUAUUUGACCCAAUGAUUAUUUUCAAUUUUACUAA